CAUUUUGCUGACUUGCCUCUCAUGGCCUUCUUCUGCCAUGGUGUUUUUAGUACUGUUUUAACAGUAAACUAUAAGAGGUACCAGUAAAGGAAGGUGGCUUGAGAAAAGCUACUGGAAAGAAGAGACAGUGGGAAAAUCCAGCUACUGGCUUUUUCAGAAGUCAACUGCAGUUUCAAAAGCUUCAGACCAGACUUUCAGGUUUGAUUGAAAACCAUCCAGUAGAAACUUCUCUAGUUUGGGAUUCUAACAAUGGUCCGGAUAAUAGUCCACCCAAAAACGGCUCUUGUCGAUGAGCCAGUGUACAUCCGAGUAACGGGACUUCUUCCUAACCAGCUGGUAGUACUGCAGGCAAAAGUGACAAAUGAGAAAGGAGAGCUGUUUUUUUCUGAAGCCUUCUAUAAGGCUGAUGAAGGUGGAGAGAUAGACCUGGAGCAUGCAGCAGCACUUGGAGGGGACUAUUUGGGCAUUCAUCCCAUGGGCCUCUUCUGGUCCUUGAAAUCUGAGAAGACUUUUUCUAGGCUAUUGAAACAGGAUGUGAUGAACAGUCCCUUCCUGGUUCAACUGUCUGUAUGUGAUUCUGACAUAUUUUUCAAAGACUCACCUGCAUCUGUUAAGGCCAGUGAGACUGUGGAGCGAUGGUACUCAGCACCUGGAGUACAAAGAAUCCAGAUAAGGGAAGGUCGAAUUCGAGGAAUUCUGUUUAUCCCACCGGGAGAAGGACCUUUCCCUGGAGUAAUUGAUUUAUUUGGUUUCAUUGGUGGACUGAUUGAGUUUCGGGCCAGUCUCUUGGCCAGUCGUGGCUUUGCUACAUUGGCCUUAGCUUACUUUGACUACGAAGACCUGCCCAAAAGGUCAGAGGAUGUGGAUGUCGAAUACUUUGAAGAAGCAGCUGAUUUCCUCCUAAGCCAUCCUAAGGUGCUUGGUCCAAGCAUCGGUGUAGUUUCAUUGAGCCAAGGGGCCCAGGUCGGGUUGGCAAUGGCAGUAUUUCUGAAGCAGGUGGCAGCCACAGUCUGCAUCAGUGGUUUCUUUUUUUCGGUUGGAUGUAUCAAGUAUAGAAAUGAGACCAUUCACUCAAUAAAUACAUUUCCCGAAAGGGCAAGAAUAAAUAAUUUGGGGCUAUUAGAGAUACAUUCUAUGUUAGGAAACCCUCAAGAAGAGGCAAAUAAGCAUGCUCUCCUGCCAGUAGAAAGGGCCCAGGGUCAUAUCCUAUUCAUUGUUGGAGAGAAGGACUAUAACAUGAAUAGCAAAGCUUAUGCUGAGCAAGCAAUGGAGCAGCUGAGGAGACAUGGGAAAAGCAAUGGCACUCUACUCUCCUAUCCAGGAGCUGGGCACCUGAUAGAACCUCCCUAUUCCCCCUUGUGUUUGGCCUCACCAAACCCCCGUAUCCGGAGGCCUGUUUUCUGGGGUGGUGAGACUGUCCUUCAUGCCGAAGCCCAAGAACAUUCCUGGAAAGAGAUUCUGAAGUUCCUCAGACGUCACCUCAGCCCAGGCAGCAUCAGCAAACUGUGAAGUGAUGGAUGGCUCCCAGAGGUCUUCCAGCCUGGUGAAGCUCAUGGAUCUCUGCUCAAAAUAAUGUCCUGCAGGUCAUGUGAUGAAAUACAUAAGGUUACAAAGGAAGUUGAUUCUAUGGAAAUAAAGGUAUUUUUUUUCCCAAUCUGAAUUCAUGGUCCCCCUCAUUUAACAAAUGAGGAAAUGGGGACCAAGAGAAAGAAAGUGACUAGGCUGCCGUAAAAGAGUCUGUGGUCAGAUUGAACUAGACAUCCAGGUUUGACUAAAUAUUCACACCCUUCCUCUUGGAGCUCCUUGUGAGUCUAGGUAUUGCAACCAAAUUUAUAAACCUCAGAUUCAAGGUCAGUUAUGCUGGAUUAGUAGAAUGUAAACUCCAUGAGGACAAAGAUUAUUUUUCAUUUUUGUCUUUGUACCUAUAGUAUUUAUCACAAUGCCUUAAGGACACGUAGUAGUAGCUGAUGGAUAAAUCUUGAAUUAGAUUGAAUUUAAUUCACUAAUCAAAAUAGUAGAGAGAGAACUGAAAUUUAUUGGAUCCUGGUGAUGGCAUACUUGUAUAUACUUCCCUUUCUCUCCAUUCACAUGGUUAACCAGUUCCUUCUUGCUAUAGUCUAUCCUCCUUAGUACUGUUACUCAUCUUCCUUACACAUUGCUAUAUUUUCAUCUCAUCAGAAACCUUCAGUGGGCAGCUGGUUGGUUGAUCUUUCUACCGUCCCCUCACCUCUCUGAUAGUUCAGCCAUUUUCAGUCUAACUGUUUUGGACUAAAGGUUGUUCCCCUUGUCAGGGAAGACAGAAUCAGCCAGGGUCAAAACUAGGAAUUUUUGGUUCAGUGGAAAGAACUGAGUUUAGAGUCAAAGAAACUAGGUUCAAAUCCUAGCCCUGACACCAGCUGCAUGAACCUGAGCAAGUCAUCAGGCAAUCUCAGGUCCUCAGAUUUCUCCUCUAUAAAAUAAAGGUAUUGGAGCUAUUUGGUUGGA